AAGUCUGGCAACGUUGUGACAGAAGAGACUCCAUAAACGCGCAAAUUUAAAAGUCUGCCUGUUUUGCAAACGUCAUAAUAUAAUGGAGGAUUUUGAGAAAAUUGAAAAGAUUGGCGAAGGCACCUAUGGUGUUGUCUACAAAGGACGUAACCGCCUCACUGGGCAAAUAGUGGCCAUGAAGAAAAUUCGCUUAGAGUCUGACGAUGAAGGCGUCCCUUCGACAGCAAUCAGAGAAAUAUCACUGCUUAAAGAGUUAAAGCAUGCCAAUAUUGUCUGCCUGGAAGAUGUGUUGAUGGAGGAGAACCGCAUUUACUUGAUUUUUGAAUUCUUGUCAAUGGACCUGAAAAAGUACAUGGACUCAUUGCCAGCCGAUAAGCAUAUGGACCCCAAACUAGUUCGAAGCUAUUUGUACCAAAUAACAAGUGCGAUUUUGUUCUGCCACCGUCGUCGAGUCCUGCAUCGUGAUUUGAAACCCCAAAAUCUGUUGAUCGACAAAAACGGCAUUAUUAAGGUAGCUGACUUUGGUCUGGGUAGAUCCUUUGGCAUUCCAGUGCGAAUUUAUACCCACGAAAUCGUGACACUUUGGUACCGAGCGCCAGAAGUUCUGCUGGGGUCCCCAAGAUAUUCCUGCCCCGUUGACAUCUGGUCUAUUGGAUGCAUAUUUGCGGAGAUGGCAACGCGUAAACCCCUGUUUCAAGGUGAUUCGGAAAUCGAUCAGUUAUUCAGAAUGUUUAGAAUUCUCAAAACACCUACCGAAGAUAUCUGGCCUGGCGUAACAUCACUUCCAGACUAUAAGAACACUUUUCCCUGCUGGUCAACCAAUCAGUUGACCAACCAGCUUAAGAAUCUUGACGAAAACGGAAUUGAUCUCAUACAAAGUAUGCUGAUUUAUGAUCCGGUUCAUCGUAUUUCCGCUAAGGAAAUCCUGGAGCAUCCUUACUUUAAUGGCUUUCAAGCUGAUUUAGUGUCCAACUAACAUUCUGUAAUAUGGGUAAUCUAGAAACGUACAUAUAUGAACAAGAAAUCUUUUUAAAAUACCACAAUCAAGUUUUUUCGGUUAAAUAGAUAAGAUAAUAGUGUCAUGAUAGUGCUUUUAUAAUAAAAGUAAGUAAAUCUAAAAAUAUAA